AUGACUCAAAACAAACGACAACGAUAUAGUUUGACGGAUAAUUGUAAUGAUGAUAUUAAGAAGAAAAAAUUACAAUCUACUUCUCUUUUCUCCUCAAUUACAAGUAAUACAUACAAAAGUUCGAUCAAUCAAUUUGAAAAUCUUUCAAAUGAAGUUAUUUAUGAGAUUUUUGAAUUUCUCAAUGUUUAUCAACUUUACGAAAGUUUUUUCGAUCUUAAUACACGAUUUCGAAAUCUUUGUAUAUAUUCAAAUCUUCCAAUUGAAAUCAAUAAUCAGUCUUUGUCGAAAUCGACUUUUCAACGUUAUUAUACUAAUUUAAUUCUGCCUAAUAAACAUCGAAUUCGAUCACUUGAUUUAUCUGAUCCAUUUAUUAUUGAUUUCUUUUCUUUAUCAACAGAAGAUAUUUCAAAAUAUUUUCAACUUCAAACACUUAUUCUUGAAAAGAUGGAGUCAGGAUAUCUUGAAAAUCUUCUUACAAGUUUAACUUCUUUACCUAAUUUAUCUUCAUUGAUAAUUUCUAUUGGUCUUGGUUCAAAUACAAACACUCUCUGGAAUUUGAUAUUUCAAUUACCAGUGCUAAAAUAUUGCAAAAUAUCUUCCGAAGAAAAUACUUAUUUAGGAUUUUUACCAAUGUCUACCCAUACAAUAAGUUCUAUUGAACAUCUAGUUAUUAAUAGCAAACUAGAUUACACUCAUAUUGAUGCUAUUUUAUCAUAUGUUCCUCAACUUCGUCGACUGUCAAUUAAUUAUUUGUAUACAUAUUACAGAGGCGGAAUACAUGUACUUCCGUUUGCUUCAAAUAAUUUAACCUAUGUAUCUCUCAUAUUAGAUCAUUUGAUGUUUGAUCAAUUUGAAAUGUUUGUUAAAAACUAUCUUAGCCGAAUAAAAGUAUUGUACAUUUCAUCAAACUAUGACUCGACAUAUUUAAAUGCCGAAAAGUGGGAAAAUUUGAUUUUAUCUCACAUGUCGUAUUUACAAAUCUUUGACUUGCAGCAUACAUAUGAAAUAUUCUAUCGUAAUAAACAGAAAAUUAUGUAUGAGAAUAUAUUUCAAAAAUUUACUACUCCAUUUUGGAUUAAACGACAAUGGUUUUUUGCACAUGAUACUAAUUUUGGAUCGCCUCUGCGUGGAAUCUUCUAUUCAGUUCAACCAUAUAAAAGAAAAUGUUUCACAUUAACCGGCGAGUCAAAUUUAGAUGAGCAUCCAUCUCAUGACAAAACUAUUUUUGAUUCAGUUCAUCAUGUGAUUAUUCAAGAUGAAAGAAUGAUAGAGAAUUGCUCAAAAUACUUUCCAAAUGCUAAUCAACUCACUAUUUCCGAUCAACGUACUGAUCGUGCUAAACGAUCUACGAUUAUUAGCAUUGAUGACAUUAUUCCCUUGAUACAGCUUACUAAACUAACGAUUGAUUAUAGUCAUCGUCCUUUUAGUAAAGUGAUCGAUUUGUUAUAUUCGACACCUAAUGUUGAUAGAAUAGUACUCAAACAUUUAUCACUUGUUGCAACGGAUUAUUUUCCAUUACAACACAGUGAAAAAUUUCGAUUGGUCUCAAAACAUAAUAAAAUAAAAAAUGUUACUAUUUUAUUUGAUUAUUCAUUACGUAAUAUUCAACUAUUGAUGAAUCUCUGUCCUAAAGUACGACAAAUUUCUUUUGGUAUUUCUGAGAGUUAUCUAGAAUCAACUGUGCAAUUUUUCGUAUCAGAAACUAAGAAAACUAAUUGGUAUUUAUCUUCAAUAUGUAUUUUUGGUGUGGAUACAGUUAUAAAUGAAAAAUUAAAAAGUUUAAUUGAAUCUGAAAAAUUUAUUAAUGAUUAUUCAAUAAAAAUCAUCGGUCGGACAUUCUAUCUUUGGUGGUGA